AUGAAAGACAUUACGCCAAUAGUGGCCAUACCACAUUCACCCUCGGUAUACAGCGUGGCAUUGACAAGAGGCCCACAAUGGAUGUUUACCGGCGGCGAAGACGGAAUGAUCCGCAAGUACGACUUUAUUGCAAGUGUUGAGGGGAAGUCUCCCCUAACUCUCUCACAACGACACCAACUUGUAGACAGUGUCCAUUAUGGUGGGGUCAUUUGCUCCUAUUGGGAGAACGAAGUUCCUCAAUCUAAACAAGCCUUUCUAUCUUCCACCAAGGUCAAAACCACUACAACUAAUACGGGCACAAAUACGUCGUCAUCUUAUUAUGAGCCCCAUCUCUCCCCCGUGUAUUCUCUUUAUGCACAGCGAGAGGGCCACUGGCUCUUGAGUGGUCUUAGUAAUGGUUCCAUUGCACUACACAGUGUACGAUCACAAGAGGGUUCAAUACAAUGGGUUUUUCAACAAGGACAUACAUCCACUGUUUCUGCUCUGGCCAGUUAUAAUGAUAACCAAAGUUUCCUUAGUGGAGGUUGGGACCGCAAGAUCUGCGAAUGGGAUUUGAACCAAGGAGUCUUGAGCCGGGACUACGAUGGUAUGAGUGGACAAAUCAGUGUCUUGGAAUAUUAUACGGGACAAGGGUUUAUGAGUGCCAGUAUUGAUGGAAGAGUCUGUCUUUAUGACAUACGUUCUAAUGCCAAUAAUGGCAAUGGCAUUGUACAGAUCCCACUGUUGAAGGGGACGCCGCCGUGGUGUAUGGGUGCUGCUGUGUCUCAUAUGGACGGUCCAUCUGAUUGUAAUGUAAGUUCUAAUACAAUCGUAUGUGUUGGUCGUCGAAAUAGUACUGUUGAAAUUUGGGAUUUACGUAAAUUAACCAACAAUUGUGAAGAUCAACAAGGGGGGGCAACUCCAUUGGAUAUAUUAAAAUUACCCCCCGCUAGUGGACCCGUUAGUUCUGUUAGUAUUUUCCCCCCUAAAGAUAAUGGGGGUAAUUCACAAUAUAUAGCCGUGGGGAGUCAGGAUGCCGUUAGAGUGUGGGACCGCAACACUGGGAAAUGCACCAUUCUCCCCGGCCAUGCAGGCGGGGUUGUUUCUCAGUUGGCCCAUGACGAGAAUGGGAAGUUUUUAGUUUGUGCAAGCGGUAAUCGCGGAUGGGCGGGGAAAGCGGGGGAGAUGGCGUUUAUUUAUGAGGUUGAUGGGGGGGAUGCGAAAAGUUAG